UUUACUUUGUUGUGAUCGAAUAUUCCAAUAGAUUUUCGUAUAUUGUAUCUAUGUACAAUUAUUCUGAUGCGAAUGUGCGGAACAUAGUUAUUUCCAUAAUUUCCAAUAUCGUUAUACAAAUCGGAAAAUGUACGCGACUCUUAGUGCCCAGUGUUUAGAAUAAGAUAAGCGUAAAAUCGAUCUUAUAUUUCGAUAAGAAAAUUGUACAUUUCUUGCAUUAACUGGCCGAUAUGCUCCUUGCUUUCAACUGAAAGUAACAAGUAAUCCGUUUCAAUGAUGGCCGCACAGCACCAACACUACACCGUCGAGGUGGGUGAUACCAACUUUACCAUUCAUAGUCGGUACAUUAACUUAAGGCCAAUCGGUUCCGGUGCUCAAGGAAUAGUAUGCGCCGCCUACGAUACUGUUACCGAGCAAAAUGUGGCCAUCAAAAAGUUAUCUCGACCAUUCCAAAACGUUACCCAUGCCAAGAGAGCUUAUAGAGAAUUUAAGCUAAUGAAGCUUGUUAAUCACAAAAACAUUAUUGGCUUACUUAAUGCUUUCACUCCCCAAAGAAACUUGGAGGAGUUUCAGGAUGUUUAUCUUGUCAUGGAGUUGAUGGACGCUAAUCUCUGCCAAGUAAUUCAAAUGGAUUUGGAUCACGAUAGAAUGUCGUAUUUGCUUUACCAAAUGUUAUGUGGAAUAAAACAUUUACACUCAGCUGGAAUUAUACACAGAGACUUAAAACCAUCCAAUAUAGUUGUAAAGGCAGACUGCACUCUAAAAAUUUUAGACUUUGGUCUUGCACGCACCGCAGGCACCACCUUUAUGAUGACCCCAUACGUGGUUACAAGAUACUACAGGGCCCCAGAGGUCAUUUUGGGAAUGGGCUACACCGAGAACGUGGAUAUUUGGUCCGUGGGCUGCAUCAUGGGUGAAAUGAUACGCGGAGGCGUACUCUUUCCUGGAACGGAUCAUAUAGAUCAGUGGAACAAAAUUAUUGAGCAAUUAGGCACACCUUCGCCCUCAUUUAUGCAGCGGUUACAGCCAACCGUCCGAAACUAUGUAGAGAAUCGUCCUAGAUAUACUGGAUACUCAUUUGAUAGACUCUUUCCCGAUGGAUUGUUUCCAAAUGAUAAUAAUCAGAACAGCCGCCGGAAGGCUUCUGACGCUAGAAAUCUUCUCAGCAAAAUGCUCGUCAUUGAUCCAGAACAGCGGAUAUCGGUGGACGAGGCUUUAAAGCAUGAAUAUAUCAACGUUUGGUAUGAUGCUGAGGAAGUGGAUGCUCCUGCACCGGAGCCCUAUGAUCACAGUGUUGACGAGAGAGAGCACACUGUGGAGCAAUGGAAAGAGCUAAUUUAUGAGGAAGUUAUGGACUACGAAGCACACAAUAAUAGAACGCGGUAGAAAUCGACUUUUUUCUCCUUAGUCAGUCAUAAUAAAAAACUAAAGCUUACCAAACAA